AUGCAUGGCACUGCGAUCUCCUUUUCAAAUAGCCAAAACAAAUCGGUUGAGUUGGCCAAAGCCUUUGCCCCUUUGGCUGUUUCAAAAAUGGACUUGACUAUGAUACUAAAUAAAAAAACAUUUGGUCUAGCAGCAGUUGGGUCUGCUUUUGCAGGAUCUUCUUCACUUGGUGCUUGGGCCACGAUGCUUGGUGUCGUUGGUGGCGCUUUGGCAAGCAUAGUGAACACAGUCGAGCAUGGCGGGCAAGUAGGGAUGGUGUUUGAGAUGUACAGGAGCAACGCUGGUUUCUUUAGGCUGAUGGAGGAGUCCGUAGAGUCAAAUUUGAAUGAAAGUGAUGUGGGUAGGAGAGAGAAUGGGGAAUUGUUUGAAAUGAAAGUGGCUUUGCAGUUGGGAAGGAGCCUCUCAGAGCUAAGGGAUCUUGCAGCUUCAUCAUCUAGAAAGGGACAGACUGAUGAAGAAUUUGCAAACAAGCUUUUCUAA